AUGGUCGACACAACCGUAACUUCGCAGUUGAAGCAGUGGACAUUCGACAAGCCCGAAGUUGUCGCUCGCCUUCAACAACGCUCCAGCACCGACAGUGCUGCCUCGAGCCCUAACCUGUGCGACGAUGCUCCCGACACGCUACGCAUAGACUCCGCUACCACAGAACGACCAAACCCACCCACGGCCACCAGCAACAACAAGGAAGGCGCCGUCUUCCAAGAGCGAUACCUAUCCAGCGAGGAGGACCUGACUGCCGACGACGCGUCUGGCUCUGAUUCUGAAUACGACUACGAUGACGUUGUUGUCCACGAUCUCUCACAAGAGUGCAAGGCGAGGACCAUGUCAGUGUCGAGAUGGGACAAGGGAAAGAGCUGCGACAUGGCCGUGCUGGUGUCCUACGCGCAUGCAGGUCGUCCGAAAGUUGUCGAGAACCAACGCUCGCCUGUCGAUCGCCCAACGGUCCAGCAGCGCUCGGCUUCUGUCGCGAACCUGCUUCCCGUCACAUCAGCUGGUAAGCUACGAAAGGCAGACGAGGCACAGCGACUAUCCAUGAGGGUCAUGCCUACAAGUCGUCUGGCUUCUCCUCCCCUCUCACGCUCCACAUCGCCUGUCGCCGACCCUGAGCCUCGACGACCAUCUACCAGCCACAGCCCCAUCACCACCAAGAUUGCCACAUACCCCGACUCCGCUUCCUUCGCAUCGUCCUUCCAGACUGCAUCGACUCGCAGCUACUCACCCGCACCGAGCCAUGCACAGAGCGAGGCACCUCGUCGACCCUCCUCCUCCACCGCAGGAGACGCACAAUCAGCCCGCUCCUCUGUGUACAUGCCAUCAACAUCCCGCCUUAACCUGGCACGGAUACAAACAUCGCAGUCAUCUUACCAAUCGUCGUCGUACAGGCAAUCACAGUUCACGCCGUUGACCCCCAACUCACCAGCACUUUCCUUCCUCAGCUCCGACCCUUACGAGAACUCGAACAAAAGCGCCGCAUCGCCCAUCCUCAAGAAGCCUGCUGCGCACAGACGGUUAAGAUCGAUAUCCAUGAAGUUGUCUCUAGCCAAGAUUGCCAUCUCACCAGCGAAGAAGCCAUACGACUCCCGCAUCAACGGCAAGGCUCCUCCUACACCGAUGACACCAGGACCCAUGACGCCUCAGACUGCACCAAUUGAGGGUUCAGCCAACUUCUCCAGCCCGAACAAGCUCCGUCGCGCAUCCACUAUCCUCCGACCAAAAUCUCGGGGAAACGACUCUAAGAGGGUGCCUACACCAGAGGUGGCUCCUCCGCUUCCCCAGAUCAACACCAGCACAAUGCAGCAAAAGCGUGCAACUACCCUUGGCAGGAUGACGGCUCGCGGAGCCAACGAGCGUGAGCCUACUCUUGUCAUUCCGGAAUUCCCACCAAAUGACGACGAUGCCACGUCCAGCGUCAAGAGCCGCGCAAUCCGACGACGCAAGUCACUAAUGGAUUUCAUGGAUUCGCUGUAA